AUGCCUCGGCCGAUGCACAAUACGACCUCGCUCCCCCGUCACCUGCGGGCGGAGCUGGGGAUCAGAGAUACUUAUGGCGACAAGAAGCGGAAACAGAACGCACCUUCGACACGGAAAGAACGAAGACAAGCCGAGCGAACGCAAAAGAAGUCGAGAAAGCCACUAGCGCCACAGUCGCGCCCGAACAAGAGCUUCAGCAAGAAGAGUGAGAAGGAUAAGAACGACGAGGAUGAAUUUGACCUGCUCGAGGAGAGUGACUCCGCGGAUGGUGGUCGACAAUUGCCACCAAAGAAAUUGAAGCUCGGUUCUAAAGAACUUCCAAUUAAUAAGAGCAACCACAAGUCCAAUAAGGCCGACGAUACCGAGUCCGACGAGGAGGAGCUUGAUGGCCUCAGCGACAUGGACGAAGACCCAGAGAGACAAUUUUCUGAGACCGCGUCCGAAGAUGAGGGAAGCGACUCCGGUAUGACAGAAUCUAGACAUGUUUCUGCAGCGGUGAAAACCAAGCUUGCUCAAGACGAUGCCGAAAUCGCCGCGUUGGAAAAGAAACUGGGCCUCAAAAAAGGCAAAAAGCUCCCGAAGGCGUUUGCGGAGGACGGGUUGGAUGAUUUGAUGGGAGAUCUGGGCGAAGCGUCGGAGGAUGACAGCAAGAAGCGCAAGCGCGAGGCGGACGACUGGCUGCAAAGUAAGCGGCAGAAGGCACAAGAACGCCAGGUUGCCGACAAAAUGGUCAACGACGAGGAUGAAAGUGAGAGCGAAGAGGGAAUUGACCUUGACGAUGAGGUGUUUGGGUCCGAGGACCAAAGUGAGUCGGGUGAGGAUAGUGAGUUCGAAGGGUUUGAUGAGGGGGAGAAGGCUCCCCCCAAGCAACGCGAAAACCCAUAUGUUGCGCCCCAGACAAAACAGGCUCCCACCGCCGCCCAGAAAUACAUCCCGCCAUCACUACGUGCCCGUCAAGACCCCGAGUCGGAAUCCAUGACCCGAUUGAAGCGGCAGGCCCAGGGACAACUGAACAAGCUGUCCGAGGCCAAUCUGAUCUCCAUCGUGGCCGAGUUCGAGAAGCUCUAUCGAGACUACCCCCGUCAGCAUGUUACCUCCACUAUUAUCGACUUAUUGAUGGGCCUGAUCUGCGAGAGAUCGGUGCUCCAAGACACUUUCAUGGUCCUCCAUGCUGGUUUUAUUGCUGCUCUGUACAAGAUCAUGGGUACGGACUUUGGUGCGGAGAUGGUGCAGAAGAUCGUCGAGACAUUGGAUGCUGGAGGUGACAGCCAAGGUAGUUUCGAGGGAAAGGAAGCCACCAAUCUUGUCUCUCUGCUUUCUCAACUCUACAACUUCCAUGUCAUUGGCAGCCCUUUGAUGUUCGACUACAUCCGCCUCUUCUUGCAGGAGAUCACGGAGGACAACACCGAGCUCCUGUUAAAGGUCAUUCGAAACACUGGGCCUCAGCUUCGACAAGACGAUCCCUCCGCACUGAAGGACAUUGUGCUACUCAUCCAGCCCGCCGUGGCGAAGGCCGGCGAAGCCAGCCUGUCUGUCCGCACGAAGUUCAUGAUCGACACAAUCACCGAUCUGAAGAACAAUCGCGUCAAGUCCGGUGUCGGUGCCAAUAUCACCUCCGAGCACAUUACCAAGAUGCGCAAGGUCCUGGGAUCAUUGAACAGCUCCCGCGUGAUCCGGGCCUCCGAGCCUAUCAACAUCACCCGCGCCGAUAUUCACGACUCCUCCAAGAAGGGCAAAUGGUGGCUUGUCGGUGCCAGCUGGAGAGAAGAUCCUUUGGUAUCCGCCCGCCAAGAGCUGGCUGGUGUUCAGACUCGCAAUGCCAAUGCUGUGGACGAUGACGACAGUGAUGCCGAACCCGACCUCGGCGAUCUGGCCAAGGCACACCGCAUGAAUACUGAUGUCCGUCGAUCUAUCUUCGUGGCCAUCAUGUCUGCUACGGACUUUCAGGAUGCCCACGUCCGCCUCAUGAAGCUGCGCCUCAAGCGUGCGCAGGAGUUUGAAAUUCCUCGCGUGCUUCUGCACUGCGCGAUGGAGGAAGAGGUUCACAAUCCCUACUAUACUCUUAUUGCCCGACGAAUCUGUGGAGAUAUGGGCCGACGUAUCAAAAUGUCUUUCAUGUUCAGUCUUUGGAACAUCUUCAAGCGGAUGGGUGAAACCGGCGACGAUGAGGAGGACGCAGACUUUGACCCGGAUGACGAAGAGAAUGGUGUCAGCAUGAAGUCUGUCGUCAACCUGGCCAAGAUGUACGGCAUGUUGAUUGCGGACGGAAGCCUUACAUUGGGUGUCCUAAAGAACCUCAACUUUGCAUACCUUCAACCCAAGACCAAGACAUUCGUCGAGGUCCUGCUGAUCAGCAUCAUCCAGCAAUCGCAGAAGACCAAAAAGGCUCUCAAAAAGAAGAAGACGAAUAAGUCCGGCUCUGACGAGUCGAGCAAAGACGAGGAGUCCUUGAUGCAAAUCUUCCUUCGUGUCCAAGACACGCCUCACAUUGCGAAGGGUCUCAUCUUCUUCGUUCGCAAGGUCGUCGCGAAGAGCGAUAUUGUGGCCGAAAAGGAUCAAAAGUUGAUCAAAUGGGGCUGCAAUGUGGCCGUGGACGCACUCAAGGCUAUCAAGGAGUAA